AGCCAAACACGGCCACCUACAGACCACAAUCAAACAAAUCCAAGUCUUCUAUAUCCCCCUUUUAAGGUUUUAGGGUUUAAACCCCCGAUUCCAGUUCUCAUUUGGGGAGUUGCCGGAGUUCUUCUGUUUCUGCAGAAGAAACCCUAAAAACUAUCAAGAGGAUGAAGCCAGUAAUAGGUGUAGUGGUAUCGAAUAAGAUGCAGAAAUCAGUAGUAGUUGCUGUAGAUCGUCUCUUUCAUCAUAAACUCUACAAUCGGUAUAUCAAAAGAACCAGUAAAUUUAUGGCUCAUGAUGAAAAAGACGAAUGCAACAUUGGUGAUAGGGUGAGAUUGGAUCCAUCAAGACCAAUUAGCAAAAGAAAGUGUUGGACUGUUGCUGAAAUUUUGAAGAAAGCACAAAUCUAUGUCGCACCACCAGUGGACCCUAGCACUAAGAAUGUUAAACCUACUGCUGAUUCUGUAGCUUCUAAAGGUUAGCAGAUCUGAUAUCCUUAAAAUUUCUUGAAUUGGUCGACACCAGGAACAGUUGAAAUAUUUCCAGAGCCUACUAUCAGAAAAUUGUUUCUCAUCCAGGUUAGCAUAAAUUAGAAAAAGGAUAUAUACUUUAGUAUUUUGGGGUUUGCUGAAGUUGUGACCUGUUGUUUAGAGGCAAAGAGAUAAAAACUCGGUUCUUUUUCCUUUUCUCGAAAAAGACAAAUGUUUUGACUGUUAUGUGAUUAGCAUUUUCCUACAAUAAAGUUUCUCUUUUUAUUUCCA